ACAAAAACUUGUGAGGGUUUAUUGUUUUUCCCAAUUAUUUUUAAAAUUCACAAAUCUAAAACAUUACUACAGAAUGACCGCUGUGGAUCUGGCUAAAGUGGGGCUUAACUUGUUGAGAAAUGCUACAUCUGGAGAGAGCGUGGAGCUGAGGUCUCUCUGGCAGGAUCGGGCGGUGGUGCUCUUCUUUCUGCGCAGGUUCGGCUGCCAGGUGUGCCGUUGGACCGCGGCGGAACUCAGCAAGCUGAAAGACGACCUGAGUGAGAGCGGCGUGGGGCUGGUCGGGAUCGGUCCGGAGGAGACGGGGCUGAAGGAGUUCCUCGACGGGGGAUUCUUUAAGGGAGAGCUUUAUAUUGAUGAGAAGAAGCAGAGCUACAAGGACCUGGGCUUCAAAAGAUACACUGUCCUGAGCGUGGUUCCUGCUGCCCUGGGGAAGAAGGUUCGAGACAUAGUCACCAAGGCAAACGCACAGGGGAUUCAGGGGAACUUCAGUGGAGAUCUCCUGCAGAGUGGUGGGAUGCUCAUCGUAGCCAAAGGUGGGGAGACGGUCCUGCUGCACUUUGUCCAGGACUCCCCUGGGGACUUCGUGCCCCUGGAGGACAUCGUUAAGGCCCUGGGCAUCACCUCCAAGGCACAGUCAGGAGAGAGACCACAGUGCGAUUCUGAAGUGUGCACGAGAUGAAGGCUGAGGGUGUAAUUCGGCGUCCUGCCACAGGGGGCGCUGCAGCCUGGGGAGCUUGGACACUCUUCCUGGCUAAGAAGCAUCAC